UUCAAUCCUAGCAUAAAACGACGCCGUUCGCGUUGCUCUUAUCUAUCAUCUUCUCCAGAGAGAACCCUAAAGUGCUCAGUUACAGAAAGAACUUAGAUUAUAGGUGCGUGGUCUGGGAAACGACUCCGAUCUCCGGUAAUAUAUCCACCUACACAGCGUUUUCCGAUCUUGCUUACUUUUAAAAGUAGCCAUGAAGGUGAGGUCGUCAGUGAAGAAGAUGUGCGAGUUUUGUAGGACAGUGAAACGUCGCGGGCGUGUGUUUGUACUCUGCACUGCCAAUCCCAAGCAUAAGCAACGACAGGGCGUUUCGACGUUUGCAUUUGAGGGUCCUCUUCCUCCUUCCGUGCACUCUGAGACAAGCGCCAAGCCAAUGACCUUUAGUCAUGGCCUGCAGCCAGGUUUAGCAUCUCUCAUCCCCAAGAAGCCAGAGUCCUCUGCUGUCUUUGGAUGGAGGGUGGGCUUGUCAUCCAUCUUGUUUAAGAAGAGCAAUUAGGAUUACAAGGUUAAUUGGAAAAAAAAUGUGAACUUAGCGGAUGGAACAGAUAAACCCCAGUUUGAGUGGUCUCUGCAAUUUUCUUAGAUGCAGUUUCAAUCUGUUACUGUAUUUUUAAUAAUCGUCUCUUUCUCUCUGUUAUCAUGUUAUGGUAAUAUAAUAGUUUUGGUUGAUCUGACAGAAUGAAGAGUAAUUUGGGUGUGUAAUUAGUAUUUGCUUUUCAAGGAUCACAAUUUAUAACCCAUAAUAUUAUCCAAAAACCAAAAUACCAUUGACUGCUUUUGCUU